GUUUACCACAAAUGAUAGUCUUUAGAUAGCAACAGCUGAUAUAUAAACUCUUCAAAUCAAUGUAAUUUUCAUAUUUGUUUUCCUCUUUUGUUUUGUUUGUUUCAAUUUUAUUUUCUAUUUUUUUCAACAAAUUAGUGAUAUGUUUAAUUGUGGGUUACUGUUGAUUCAUUCUCCAUUAAAUAAGAUUCCAACUAAAAUUGGACACUUUCUCAAUGAGGCAAAGUCAUUGGUAAGUCAAGUUCUUUACAUCAAAGUUGAACGAAAUCCAAGCGAAGAAAUUGGUUCCAACAAACAAUCAGAUGAUAAUCAUUAUUACGUACCUAGUAUUUAUCGAGCAGCUAGCUCAAGAGUCCCUCAUUUAGAUGUCCGAGUUAUAAUCAAGCCACAAUUAUCUAGUUUUCGCUAUCAACCUCAAAUUCUCCUUUGUAACCAUCCUUUGGAUCACAUUAAUACAAAAAAUUUCCCUAGUCUAGUGGGAAGUAAAGUUGAUCUUGGCCAAUUCAAAGAAAUAAAGAUAAUCAAUAGUCCAGAUGAGGCUACGGAUUCAGCACCAGUAUCUUCAACGCACAUUGUCAAGCAUGAUCAUGUUUGUCUUGGUGGAACAUUUGAUAACCUUCACAAUGGCCAUAAAGUAUUACUUAGUGAAUCCCUGAUACGUACCAAUAAAUCAAUGACUAUUGGAGUUACUGAUGUUAAUAUGAUUAAAAAAAAGGUUCUGUGGGAAUUAAUCAAACCAUUAGAGGAACGGAUUGAUGAUGUUCGUCAAUUUUUAACCGAUGUCUGUGAUUCGAUUGAAUAUAAAAUUGUCGGAAUCACAGAUCCUUUUGGACCAGCAAUUGUCGAUCCAGAAUUGAGUUGCAUUGUGGUCAGCGAGGAAACAUUAAAGGGAGGCGAAAAGAUCAAUACAAUUCGAGAAGAAAAAGGAAUGAAAAGGCUUGAAAUUGUGAGCAUUGGUUUGGUCAAAGAUGAAGCACAUGAAAGUGCCCAUGAAGAAGACAAAAUAAGCUCAUCAAGUCUACGAAUAAGAAAACUUGGAACUUUGCUCAGGAAACCAGUUCCGCGAGAUCAUUUACCUCGACGACCAUAUCGUAUUGGUCUGGUUGGAGGAGUUUGUUCAGGCAAAUCCACAAUCUGUCAACAUCUUUCAGAUCUCGAUAUCGUAACUCUGAAUGCCGAUGUAAUAGCCCAUUCGACUUAUGCCAACCCCAACGCUAUCGCUUACUCCAAGAUAGUUGAAGCUUUUGGUUCAGAUAUUGUUAAUCCUGAUAAAUCAAUUAAUCGACAAAAGCUGGGUACAAUUGUCUUCUCUAAUGCAGAUAAAUUGGCUCAAUUAAACUCUAUAGUUUGGCCAGCAACCAAGGAGCUAAUUGAACAAAGAAUUGGUGAAAUUUCUGAUGAACACGAUAUUGUGGUCGUUGAAGCUGCUUUAAUGUUGGAAGCAGGCUGGCAAGAUCAAUUUCAUCAAAUAUGGGUAUCAAUCGUUACUGAAGAAGAAGCAAUCAAGCGUUUAAAGGAGCGAAAUGGCUUGGAUGAAGAGGAAGCACGUAAACGAAUAGCUAAUCAAAUGACCAGCCACGAGCGAGUUCAACAUGCGAAUGUAGUUUUCUCAUCACAAUGGGAACGAGAAUUCACACAGAAACAAGUCAAUAAAGCAGUUGAAAUGGUGCGAAGUCAAUUUUUAAAUUGAAUCAAACUUAAAAAACAAAAUUUUAUAAAGCAUGUUAUUUUUGUUACAAGCUACAAUUGUUUUGCUAAAAUCAUUGAUUCAUCCAGCGACUUCGUACUUUAUUCCAAAAUUUACCUCAUAUUGAUACAAUCAACUCAUGCAAUUUGUUAAUCACAAGUGAAACAAUCCAGUUAACCAAAUAAAAGUGAAAGGAAAGCCAAAAUUUGUCAAUAUCAUUCAUCGGUCCAGAAUCAGAUUCACUUGACUGUCUUUAUUGGUAAAAAACCGAUGCCACAAUUUGUCUCAUGGAAUCAGUCAACUCGGUAUUCAGUAUAUUCACAUCACCAUCACUUGCAUCAUCAUCACCAAUAAAUAAAAUACAGAAAAGUAGCAAAAAAUUUUCUAUCCAUGAUAUACCAAGCAUAUUAUGAUAAAUCUUUCUUUUCCUUCUCUCCUUUCUGUCUUUUCAUUUCUUUUCUUUAUUUGUUCCUUUCCUUUCCACUUUCUAUUACCUAGUAGCUAAGUAAUCCUAUUCAUUUACCUUUUGUUGUCUUUCCUUCUUUCUCUUACUCUCUCUUCAUCCUUAUCAUUAUCAUCAUCAACAAUUUUUGGUUCCUUUUGAUAAACAACAAUCAAACCCUCCUUCACUUCUCCAUCUCUUCAAUUAAUUGUGAAUCAUCACCAUGUUACCUGUGAUUCCUUUGACUGUUUUUUUUCUCCUUUUUUUCUUCUUCCUCUAAAUCUCUCCACGAGCCAUCAAAGGCUCACUUUUACCUUCAUAAUUAGUUAAACUGAUUGCUUUCCGUUGCUUUAUGAUUUAUCAACAAAAACAGUCCAAUUCGCUUGAUUCA